AAGUGGUCAUAGUAUCCCAAGGAACCGGAGAACAGAUCUUGGCUGAUCGUGCUCCAGGGACUAACAAUUGGACCAUUCGUUAGGUGUUCCAAAGCAGGAGAGCAUGUCGGACUACGGGGAUGACGGAGGGUACGGGGGCGGCGGCGGCGGCGGCGGGGGAGGAGGAGUCAGCAAAUGGACGGCGUCCACCCCGCAAAACAAGGAGGAGACGCAGUCGCUCGACUUCCUCCUGCCGGAGAGCGUGAAGGACUUCGUGUUCGACCUCCACGAUGCGAUGCGAAGGGCCAAGCGCGUCGACGAGCUCGAGCCGCUGUACAACACCACCUUCAAGGCCGUUACCGAUGCGUACUUCAAGGGGAGCACCUGGCCUGAGGCAGAGGUGAUCGCGAACCAGUGCUCUAACGACGAGCUGUUCCUGUGCUUCUACAGAGAACUGCGCAACAGGCACAUGUUUGCCACCACCAAUGUUCAGAUGCCGGACUACCUCCGGUCGUGGGAGAACUACUGCCGCCUGUUCGACGCCCUCCUUGACUGCCGAGACACGAACUUCGUGAUCACGGAGGAGUGGGCAUUCGACCUGGUGCACGAGUUCGUAUACCAAUUCCAGUCCUUCUGCCAGAUGAAGGGGCAGCGCCGAGGGGGGGAGUCGGAGGAGGAGCUGGAGGACGCGUGGGCGGUGCAGAAUGUGAUCGGCUACCUCCACGGCCUCAUCAAGGUUUCCAACAUCAUGCCCAUUCUCGAGGCGAAGAAAAGGCCGGCGGCAAACGUGGCGGUGCCCGCGGCCCCGUCGCAGCUGCACCAGAUGGCGGGGUACUUCGCGAUCGUGGGCAUGUCCAGACUGCAGUGCCUCCUCGGGGAUUACUACGAGUGCAUCAAGGUGCUGGAGGCCAUCGACAUCACGGACAAGAACGAGCUGUUCGCGGGCAACAUGCUGGCCUUUGUCACGGUACACCAGCACGCCGGGCUCGCCUUUCUCAUGCUCAAGCGCUACAAGGACGCCGCGCGCAUCCUCAGCGAGGCGCUGGUGCACGUGGGCCGUGCCAACCGCAGCGGGCAGUUGCAGCGAUCGGGCUACCAGGACGAGGUGCCCAAGACCGCCGACAAGAUGAUGGCACUCAUGGCCAUCGCCACCAGCUUGGCCCCUGGGGCCAAGAUCGACGAACAGAUGCAGUCUAAGAUGCAGGACACACACCGGGACAAGCUGGCCAAGAUGGCCAAGGGGGACGACCAGGCCUUCCGCGACCUCUUCUCGUGGGCGUCGCCCAAGUUCGUGUGCUCCGUCGGCAGCCGAGAGUUCUACGAGAUGCAGACGCAGCUCUUUAUGGAGGAGGUGAAGCAGCAGAUCCUGUUCCCGCAGAUCCGAUCUUACCUGAAGCUCUACACCACCAUCGGCCUGGAGAAGAUCGCCAGAUUCAACGACCUCGACGAGGAGCAGUUCAGCGCGCAGCUCGUGUCGAUGAAACACAAGCUCACACAGAUGGACUGGGGCAUGUCUGGGGACACGUCUCUCCUGGAGGGCAAGCCGUCGUUCGCCAUGGACUUUAACUUCUUCGUGGAGGACAAGACGGUCGUCAUCGACGAAGCGGAUGCAAGGGAACAACAGGGGUACGAGAAGUACUUCAUGUCGCAGAUCGCCAAGUGCGAAAACGUCACUUCGCAAGUAGCGCAGGUCGCAAUGUAGGCGUGUUGCAUUAAGUAGGGGGCCUGGUGGAGGGGGGGGGGGAUCGGGGGUUACCUCUAAAAUCCCGUUGAUGCUUCUGAAGCCCGUCUUCAGGGGUGUUGUGUCCAGGUUAGAAAAAGUUUGACUGUUUCA